AUGGCCCUGCGCACUGGGACGGCUUGGUUUGGGCAGGUCCUGCGCAGAGUUUCCCGGCUUCAAGGCACCUGGUCCCGGCGCUCCAGCAGCCUCCUGUGCCUCUCUUCUUCCCAGGAGCCCGAGCAGGCGGGCGGGGAACGACCGCCGCCGCAGCACAAGCUGCCCCGGAGCAGCGGCAGCGGCGGCGAGCGCCGCCGGCCCCCCCGGCAGCUGCUCCCCUGCUGUAGCUGCUGCGGCCUGUCGGAACCCCGGGCGGCCAGGGGGGGACAUGGUCCCCUCACUCGCCCCUUGCUGGCGGCCAUGAAGAGGCAGAACGUGCGGACCCUGUCCCUCAUCAUCUGCACGUUCACCUACCUGCUGGUCGGGGCCGCCGUCUUUGAUGCCCUGGAGUCCGACAACGAGAUGCGGGAGGAGGAGAAACUCAAAGCCGAGGAGAUCCGGCUCAAAGGAAAGUACAACAUCACCAGCGAGGACUACCGGCAGCUGGAGUUGGUGAUCAUGCAGUCCGAGCCGCACCGCGCCGGAGUCCAGUGGAAAUUCGCCGGCUCCUUCUACUUUGCCAUCACGGUCAUCACGACCAUCGGUUACGGACAUGCUGCCCCAGGCACGGACGCGGGGAAGGCCUUCUGCAUGUUCUACGCAGUCCUGGGGAUCCCACUGACACUCGUCAUGUUCCAGAGCCUGGGUGAGCGCAUGAACACCUUCGUCAAGUACCUCUUGAAACGCAUCAAAAAGUGCUGUGGCAUGAGGAGCACCGAGGUCUCCAUGGAAAACAUGGUCACUGUGGGUUUCUUCUCCUGCAUGGGGACACUCUGCAUUGGAGCAGCAGCCUUUUCCCAGUACGAGGAAUGGAGCUUUUUCCAUGCUUACUAUUACUGCUUUAUAACAUUGACUACGAUAGGGUUUGGAGACUAUGUGGCCCUGCAGACCAAAGGGGCCCUUCAAAAGAAGCCUCUCUACGUGGCUUUUAGCUUUAUGUACAUUCUAGUGGGGUUAACAGUCAUUGGGGCAUUUCUAAAUCUGGUUGUUCUCAGGUUCUUGACCAUGAACAGUGAGGAUGAGAGGAGGGAUGCUGAGGAACGGGCGUCCCUGGCAGGGAACCGCAACAGCAUGAUUAUCCACAUCCAAGAGGACUCCCAGCAUGGUCGGCCACGGUACAAGGCCGAAGUAACAGACCUUCAGUCAGUUUGUUCCUGCAUGUGUUACAGGUCCCACGAGUACACCAGCCGGGUGGUGUCCCACCAAAAUUCGUUCAGCUCGAAGCUGAACCCCCAGUACUUUCACUCCAUCUCUUACAAGAUAGAGGAAAUCUCGCCAAGCACAUUAAAAAACAGCCUUUUCCCAUCUCCUGUCAGCUCCAUCUCACCUGGGUUGCACAGCUUUACAGAUAACCACAGGCUGAUGAAACGGCGAAAGUCCAUUUAAAGGGAUUUGUCUUAUUUUGCUUUCCUUGUUUUUCCCAGUUCUUUGUUCUUUUGGGUUUUUUGUUCCCUGAGUGAGACGGAGCGAGGCCAAAGGGAGUAGAGCAAGCCAGUCCUCCUCUGAGACUCAGCUCUUCAGCAUGAAGCAUGGAUUAUUACUGUUCCAGCAAAGUAUGCCUUACAUUACCCCCUUGGUGGAUGUCAGAGGAUUCAAGGUGACGUGAAGUGGGUACCAAAUCCAAAGUUGCACACACAGCUGGGAGCCUUCAUGUGCCGCUGGCACUCCUGACCUAACAAACUCUCUUCCUCACGAGCAGGUUGCAGUGUGUGUGGGUGUGCCUGUGUGAG